GAAUCUCUCUUUCUAACAACAAACCGCAAAGAAGCAAGUUGACUGGUUCAGCGCUGCUCAAAAUAAAAAGAUUUGAAUAACUCGACCAGAGAAUUUGCUAAGAAAUGGCUGCUGCACCCAAGGAUAUUGAGAAGCCCCAUGCCGGAGAUUCUACCUCUGUGCACCGCAUUCGCAUCACCCUGACCUCCAGGAAUGUUCGCUCCUUGGAGAAUGUGUGCCGUGAUUUGAUCAACGGUGCCAAGAACCAGAACCUGCGUGUCAAGGGCCCCGUACGCAUGCCAACCAAGACCCUACGCAUCACCACCCGUAAGACACCUUGCGGUGAGGGUUCCAAGACAUGGGAUCGUUUCCAGAUGAGAAUCCACAAGCGUAUCAUCGACUUGCACUCUCCCUCGGAGAUUGUCAAGAAGAUCACUUCCAUCAACAUCGAGCCCGGUGUAGAGGUUGAGGUUACCAUUGCCAACUAAACGAACACUUUUCAUCGAGAAGAAGUUCUCAAUAAAACGCAGAAAACAGUUUUUAAAAAAGAAAAAAUGUGUCUUAGUAUCGAUUUAUUGUGCACUAUUUAAGGGAAAUUUCUUUUUUUUGGAAUGAAAUUUAUAAUUAGUAGUAGUCAGGCACUGGAGCACAGGCGAUCUUGACAAAAUCAGCAUAA